AUGAAGAAGAUAAACUAUCAUAAUUGGAAGGUAUUUUUAACAAUAUUCCAAAUUUAUAUUUUUAACUUUAGAANAGAAACUCGGUUAAUUGAAAUUAAGAGAUGCUCAAGUAUUUGGAAACAUAAUGCUAAAAUAAUAUUUCAAGCUUUUAUAUAUCUUUUAAGUGUUCUAGAACUUAUCUUUACAUUAAUUUACCGCUUACAUAAUAACUUUACUGAUGAUACUAUAUACUAUGAGUUCUGUUAUAAUUUAUCUAUAAUUUCAUGUGUUUUAAUUCAUAGUUUAGCUUGGAUGUAUACAUAUCAUUUCAAAAAAGUUGUUUAAAAUAGUUUUUUUGCUGAAAUUGCUAAUUAUAUAUAUUAUAUGUUUAUGGGAUUCUUAAGUUAUUUUAAAUUAGCUCCAUUUAUUAUUUAUUACAACAGAGAUUAAUCUAUUAGAUAGUUCUCAUUCAGUGAAAUUAAUAAAUACUAAAAAUUGAGUUUCGAAGAUAAAAAAAGAAAUCCAAGUAGGCUUUUCAAAGAUAGAAAAAAACCUGUCAAUAUCUUUAGGGAUUUUAUAUUCCAUAGAGUUGCUCUUCUCUCAAUGAUGAUAACUAUGUCUAUUUAAACAAUACCUUAACUCUUUAUCUAAGGUUUUUUUAAUACAGAAAAAGGAUCAUGGGAUGGAUUUAAUGUGUUUUGUAUUCUAUUAUUAGCUACUAAUUUAAUCUACUACUUUUUUGAAUUAUAAUUUAUUGUAUUCACUACAAACGAUAGAUAAAUGUAAACAGACCUAAUAUUUAGAGACAGAAAAAUCAAGUUAAAGUUCAUUUAAGAAACAAAACAAUUAUUAAAAUCUAAUUCAAUUAAUAUGUCAUUUUGUUAUUCUUAUUAUUUUCAUAUCGAUCCAAGUAAUUUCAGUCAUUAUUAAAAGAAAAGAUGCAUGAUAUAAAUAAUAAGUUACUUAUUAAGGUAUAAAGAAUAUAAAAACCUUGAAUUUCAUUUUAUUGAUGAAUAUGAUGAUGUUACAUUAUAAUAUUUAGCUAAUUUCUUUAAAUUGAUUCAAGUAGAAUAAAUAAGUCUUUUAUAUAAUGAAGAAGAUAAACUAUCAUAAUUGGAAGGUAUUUUUAACAAUAUUCCAAAUUUAUAUUUUUAACUUUAGAACAAUGAAAAUCUUGAGGAUCUUUGGUUUGAAGAUAAUAUUGAUAUUGAAAAGGAGAGAAUCCAAUAAUUUUAAAUAAUUGAGAAUACAAAAAUAAAUGCUGGGAUGUCAGCAUUAAAACAUAAUUAAUUUUUUAAUAAUGGCUACAUCUAAAUUUCUGAAGAAUUUUCAACUCUAAUUCAAGUCGAACCAUAAGAACAUUAAGAAGAUAUUCAUAGAAUCAUUAAUGAAGCAAGAACUCAUAUCGAUAAUAUAACGAAAAGAGAGAUUUUUGCAGAGUCUGUUUGUAAAAAUUUUUUUUUGUUAUUCUUGUAUGAUUUUUAUCAAUGUAUUUUGAAAUGUUAGGAAAGUUGUGAUACAUUUACGAUAAUUACUUAAGAUUCUAUGAAUGCAUUGUUAUAAAUUUUGUCUCUGAUCUAUUUGACUCUAGAAUAUGAUAUAUUUAAAUCUGCCUUAAUUGCUUUAACUAUAUUUAAUGUAAUAUUCUAGCCAUUUACAUUUGCAUUAUUUUAGCAGCGUGUAUUUAAGACUUUUUCAAAAUUUAGAAAAUUUUCUUAUAUUCUGUUGUAUACAAUAUUAAAUACUGUAAAGAUGUAGGAAACCAUAUGGAGUUGUUUUGAUUGCCAAGAAAACCUAAUAGAAACAUAUAAAAGAAGAGAAUUUAGUAUUAAAGCUUACACAAAGUUCAAUAGUUAUGCCUCAAAAUUUUAAGGCAAUAUAGUAUCAGCAUUUUAGUUCUACAAUAAAUAUAAUGAUGAAGACUUUCUCCUGAGAUUAAGAAAAAAUUAACCAUUUCAUAUGGCUUUGAUGUGGAGAGCAAAUGUAUAAGACACUUUGAAUAGGAUUCCUUAGUUAUUUAUAUAUAUUUUAUCAUUGUCAUAUAACCAAUCGAAUGAAAUAUGGACUUUUGCUUUCAUUUAACAAAUACAAUUAAGUUGUUAUGCAAUAUUAGAUUUACUAGAUAUAACAAUUAAAGACUUUUUUAUUCCAGCUUUAAUUUUAAGCACAUCUUCAGUUAAUUAAUUCUUAGAAUCUAUUUAAUAUUUAAGCAAAAUAUCAAAUCAAAUAUUAUUGGAAUAUCCUAAAUCUUUCUCAAUUAUGUCAAAAGUAAAUGAAUAUUAUUUAAAAGAAAGAUGCGUAUUUAAAAUUAAUUUGAAAACAUUAAAUUUUUCUAAUUAUUCUGGCUUAAGAAAAUAGAAGAAGUUAGCUUAGUUUAGGUAUGUGUUUGCUUGUAUAACAAAUAUUUUAGAAAUUGAUUAGGCAUAGAGAUUGUUAUGUAUGGGAAGUGAAUUAAAUGAUUUAAUAAGGUGUUUAAAAGUAAGCCCAAUCUAUUAAUUAAAAUUGAAUUAUUAUUUAGAUGAAGUAAAUCCAAUCCAUAUUCCUCUUAAUAAUGUAAUUCUUAAAAAUUUUCCAAAAAAAUUAUUUUUCUUACAACUCCAAGUAGAAGCUACAAAUGAACAUUAAAUGGAAUUUUGUGUUGAAAGAACAGAAACUCUAAUAGCUUUUUCAUACUCAUAUUUCUAAAUAAUACAAUAAUAUAGAAAUAAUCCCUCUUAAGUAGGAAUAGAAAUCAAUUUAAAUAUAAAUGACAAAUUUUUAAAAUUAGAUAGAUAUAAUUUUGAGUAUUUUUAUUUUGAUGUUUCUGGUAAUGUUAUUCUAAAUAAUUGUGAAUAACUAUUUGCAAAAUUCAUUUAUUUGAAACUUUUUAAGGCAACAAUUAUUAAUAAAGCAGCUAUUUAAACUUUUUAAUUUUCUAGUAAUUUAAAAAGUAAGUAAUUGGAAACUCUUUAUCUUUAAUUUGAAAAUAUUAAAUUAGAUUUUUAAGAAUAUGAUUUUAGAAAUUUUUGUUAUUUAAAAAUGAUUUUAAUAAAUUGCGAGUUUAAUAAAGAUCAAUUAAGGGAAAAAUUAGAAACUCUUAAUGAAUAAACAACUGAAAUUUAUAUAGAUAUGUCUUAAUGUUUGUAACGCUUUACAAGAGAUGAAUAGAGAGACCUAAUUAAAAGAUUAGAGCAAUAAGGGACAGAUGUUGUCAUCAAAAUUUGA